AUGACCGAACCUCUCGAUACGGAUAUAAAUGCAGGAAAUAUGGAAUUGCGUACUUCCGAAGCUUCAGAAGUAGUAACGGAAAGAGGGGCCGACGAAGAGAGGGGGGGCUCGGACAAUCCGUUAACACAGCAGAAUAGUGUGAGCGACGACGUACCGGAAGAUCCAGAGGAAGACAGCAAGGGCACGUCUAAUAGUGACUUAUUUUGUUUAAUAUUUUCCCUUGUUUCCAUGGCCGGCGAUUAUUGUUUGGACGGAAUUAACACCUACGAGUUCUACACUAGAGGGAACACUGUGUUCUUUGUGCUGAGUCUUGUGUUCACGGUCGGUCCUGCAUUCUUCCUUCACAUAUACGCCACUAUAGCGUUGAAACCAUCCGGGUGGAAGGCUCCGCUGUGUUUUCUCUUCUCUCCGUGGGUUCUAACAUUGAAGGUCAUAUGUCUCCAUAUCAAAGGAAAUAAUACUAAGGAGCAGAAAGGUUUAAAAAAGUCUUUAAACAAUGUGAAAGUAGUUGAAGGUUUUUUUGAGGCUGUGCCUCAGCUGUUCAUCCAAAUGACUGCUUGGAGAAUCGGCAUUCUUGAAGACUCUGCAGUUAUUUUCUCGUAUGUGAAGAUGGUACUCAGUUGCAUCUCUGCCUCGCUUGCCCUUCUGUCUGUCUUCUGCGAGGAAAUGAAUAAGUAUCUUCAAGGAGUUUUUGUAUUCUUCGUGGCAUUGGUCUUAGGGUCGCGAGUCUUCGUGUGUGCGUCUCUGUUUUCCCUCGAUGGUCCCCUGCUCUGCAUGGGCUUCCUUCCUCCAGCGAUCAGUCUCCUCCUCGCGUGGGUCACCGACUACGUGUUCAAGAGGGAAAAAGUGUCUAUCAACAGAGCAUAUAUAAAAGCUACCCUUCUGCCCCCUGAGGACAAGGCUGGCGUCGUGGCCUCCCUGGUGUACUGUAAUUUUGGGUUUCUCUUCUGGCUCCUCACUAUGUCUCAACCCUUGAAUGUUUUUGUCUUUGUGGGCGUGACCGUCGCUCAUAUCCUUGGAGGAAGUGGGUGGAUGAUAUUAAAACUAUGCGGACAAAAGUAUUGCAUGGGUGAGGGGAAAUGUUCAUGCCUGACGUAAUAUUCUUCUGCCCACUGGGUCUGUGCUUCCCUAGU